GUGCACCUCCACCCUCAAGACAUGUCCGGCUACAAUCAGUGCCUGCCAUGCCGGCCUUGUGGCCCAACCCCUCUGGCCAACAGCUGCAAUGAGUGCUGUGUCAGGCAGUGCCAGAACUCCACUGUUGUCAUCCAGCCCUCCCCCGUGGUGGUGACCCUGCCCGGCCCCAUCCUCAGCUCCUUCCCACAGAACACCGCCGUGGGCUCCUCCACCUCUGCUGCUGGUUGCAGCAUCCUCAGCUGUGAAGGUGUGCCCAUCAACUCUGGCUGCUGCGACCUCUCUUGCAGUGCCAGCUGCUACUGUGGCAGAAGGUGUCACCCCUGA